GUGUGUAGACUGUCAGUCCGGAUGAAAAGUAUAUUGUAAACAGCGGUUAUAAAGUGGGAACAACGAAUCGGAAACGAACACUGCAUGAAGGCACGUCGAGAGGUAGAGAUUAUCAGAGAAGUGGAUCUGACGCUGAAGGUCGUCAUCGACGUAGACGCGGAGAUAGAAGUCGCAUCAGGAGCAGAGAUAGAAGUGGCAGGAGCGGAGACAAUCGCAGGGAGGAAUUCCAUUCCUCAUCUGAUGAUAUCGAAGGUGAGAUGAUAAAUACCAAUCAUGUGAAAGCUGAAGACCAUUCAAUCGAACUGGAGGAAAAUUCGAAUCUUGAAUUACCUUCACUUGAUGAUCACGUUGAAAUUAUGCAGAGGGGUAAUCGUCACUGGGCUGAGAAAUCUUUGCAUGAAAUGACCCAAAGAGAUUGGCUUAUCUUAAAAUCGGAUCAUAACAAAGGUGAAAGUGCUCCUCAUCCUUUGCGAUCAUGGGAUGACCUCACAGUUCCUAGUUUUAUAAGGGAGCUCAUUGACAAAAGUGGAUACAAAAUCCCCACUCCCAUUCAGAUGCAAACAAUUCCUAUUGCUCUACAAAACAGGGAUGUUCUUGGUGUUGCUGAAGCUGGAAGCGGUAAAACAGUUGCAUACCUUGUUGCUCUUUUCGCAUGGAUUCACGGAUUGCCAAAAUGCGAGAUGAUGGGGAAAUCGACCAAAGCUCCCGAUGCUAUUAUUCUUACACCAACACGUCUGGUGGCUCAACACGUCAAGGAGGAAUGUGAUAAGUUUGGCGAAGUAAGUGGCAUCCGAACCGCCACAGUCAUCGGAGGUGUAAAUUAUAAGGAGCAAACCAACAAGCUUGAUUCGGGCUGUGAGAUUGUUGUCUCAACUCCAGGCCGACUCCUUUAUGUUCUGGAGAAAGGUAGUCUUGUUCUCAACCAGCGGACGUGUGUUGUGAUGGAUGAAGUGGAUGUUAUGGUAGAAUUUGGCUUUGAGUCCGAUUUACGUAAAAUCCUUGAUAUAUUACAAGGAAUGCCAGAAACAGAAGGUAGAGAAGAGAAUGCGAAGAAAUGCCACCAGACAGUCAUGUUCACGUCUACCAUGCCUCCCACGGUGGAGCGUCUCGCGUGUACCUUUCUGUAUGAUCCCUGUGUGGUACAGGUUAGAUUCAAUUCACAUCCAAGAUGAUCACAGCCAUCAUUGUAUCUACAUGGCGACAGAAGAAUGAGAAGCUGCUUGAGAUCCUUCAGGACAGAUUGGAAACACCUGUUACCAUUUUCUGUCGGUAGGAAGGGAGGAGCGGAGGAAGUGACCAGCUAUCUCAAUAGAAUGGACUUCACUGCUGCUGUGCUUCACGGAGGAAAGUGCAUGAUGCUGGGAGAGGCCGGUGUGACAGCUUUGAAGGAAGGAUCCAUAUUGACCAUGUACACAUAUUUCUGGUGAAGAUAUCAACAUAAUAUUAUCUAACGUGUCAACAAUUAUGAACUAUAUAUACCACGGCAAGCUCUUUUGGAGAAAACUGAAAAUAACACAGACUCCGUCAUUACAAAGUAGAAGUGCCACUUCUCAUAACAGCUGCUGCAGUUCGGAAUAAGAAACAUCUUUGGAAAAAGCACUGAGUGUACAGUUAAGUCACCUAUGCCUAUUUUGUCAACUACCCAUCAAAAGUUUAGACUCACUGGUGUAAAUGUAGCCACGUACUUUAGCCAACUGUUCUAAACUAAAUU